GUCCACGACGUUGGCUAACGUUCUCUGCCCGCCAUGGAUCGCCUUGAGUCUCUGUCGAAUACCCUCUCGCAGAUCACGCUCUAUGACAUCAAGAGCAUGUACAACCAGGCCAAGAACGCUGUCUUGAACGUCAGCGAGAUGGACGCCAAGGUGCGCGAGGCAACCAAUGACGAGCCAUGGGGGGCGAGUUCGACACUGAUGCAGGAGAUUGCACAAGGAACGUUCAACUUCCAACACUUCAACGAGAUUAUGCCUGCAAUCUAUGCACGCUUCAUGGAGAAGGAAGCGCGCCAAUGGCGGCAGAUCUACAAGGCCCUGCAAUUAUUGGAAUACCUCGUCAAGAAUGGCAGUGAGCGUGUGGUAGACGAUGCUCGAUCGCACAUUGCGACCAUUAAGAUGCUCCGCAACUUCUACUAUGUCGACGAGAAGGGCAAAGAUCAAGGACUGAAUGUGCGCAACCGUUCACGCGAGCUUGUUGAGCUGCUGAGCGACGUGGAGAAAAUUCGCACGGAGAGACGCAAGGCCAAGACGAACAAGCACAAAUACACUGGCGUAGGCAACGACCCAAUGAGCUUCAGCUCAGGUGGCAGCCGGUAUGGUGGAUUCGGGAGCGACAGCCUUGGGUAUAGUGGUGGUACCUAUAGCGGUGGAGGUGGAGACUAUAGCGGCCGUGACUUUAGCAGCGGCAGCUACUCGGGCGGAGGUAACGGCAGCUAUUCGGGCGGAGGUAGCGGCGGGUUCAGAGAUGACACAUCGCGGCGCGGGUUCCAAGAGUACGACGCAGGCGAUGACGAGACGGCGCCGAGACGGUCAAAUUCGAUCAGCUCGCCUGCACGAUCGUCACCCACCACCACGAGGCGCGCUUCCACAUUGCCAACCGCACCGGCUGCGCCAAAAGCACCGGAACCAGUGGUCGACCUGCUAGGCAUGGAUGACGAUGCCUUUGGGAGCACCAGCACCGACACCAACGCGAACAAGGCACUACCGGUGCUGAACACGCAAGUCGUUGCAGACGGUGAUGACGACUUUGACGAUUUCCAGACGGCACCCCCGUCAGCGGCCCCUGCUGCCCCCGUGGUACCGGCAAUUCAACAGAUUCACCAGGUGCAAAAGACCGCGCGGCCGUUGUCGACGCCCCUGUUCCCACAACAGGCACCACUGCAAUCCAUGAGUCCGCCGUUGCAAUCUAUGACUCCGCCUGUGCAGUCCAUGAGCACCAUGCAGGCUAUGUCAGCCGCCAUGCCGCCGAUGCAUAACCGCAUGGGCAGCAACAGCUUCGGCACACCGCUCACGCCGACCACUGGAUCCACGGCCGGCAGGCCUUCGUACAUGUCCCCUGCCACCACGCCCAUGCAGCCUAUGCAGAGCUCCGUGUUUGGUUCUCAGCCAGCACGAACGACUACGACGUCACCAGCGCCGAAGCAGGCUGCGAGCGCAAACUUUGACGACUUGUGGUCCAUGGGGCUAGGCAGCUCGGCAUCAGCGAAGCCAGCAACGCCGUCGUCAGGGCCCGCGAAGUCUAUCAAGGAGAUUGAGAAGGAAAAGGCACAGGCCGGUAUCUGGGGAUCGAGCCAGAGCGGAGCGUCCAUGGCCGCGGGGUUCGGGUCGUUUGGAGGCAAUGUGAGCACUCCGUCUGCUAGUGCGCAGGCUCCGGCUUCCUCGGCGUCGGCUGGGCUGGACGACCUGCUGCUGUGAGCGCAUGAGUAUUCAAGUGGACUAUCUCGGAUUGGCUUGCGCCUCGUGCUGGGUAUCUAUAAAGAAUUUCAAUUAUCGCACCGUGUGCCUCGAGUUUGUAUGACAGGAAUAUGACCAGCCUUUACUACCAAUCCCAGCGCGACUUAUUCGAGGAUUAUUUAUUCCCAACGUACUACUUUCUGAUUAUAUACUGCGAGUGUAGGCAGUGUGUAACAAGGGGGUACUUACUUUGCAUUCGACAUUACAGAAAUAAUUGCUCCCCUGCUC